GCCUGGGUGGAUAAGAGCGGUGAAGCUGUGAAGUCUGUCAGACUGAAGGAGAAGCAACACUUUCCUCACUUCCCACAGAGCAUCGAGCAAAUCCACAUCAGCAGAACUCUGAUAAUGACGCUGAUAACAGCCAUCCUCCUCCUGGCUCCACUGCUGACCAGCUGCAAAGGGUUUUCCCAGCCGGUAGACUGCAGCGACCUCCGUCUACAAGACAAGAACCUGCAGAGUGGGGUGUACACCAUCUAUCCCCUUGGAGAGAGGUCUGCUGUGCAGGUGUACUGUGACAUGGAUUCAGUAGGAGGAGGGUGGACGGUGUUCCAGAGGAGGAUGGACGGCUCGGUGAACUUCUACAGGCCUUGGGAUCACUACAAGUUUGGCUUUGGUAACGCUGCAGGAGAGCACUGGCUCGGGCUUGACAACAUCUACUACCUGACACACCAGCGGAAACAUGAGCUGCUGAUCGACAUGAAGGACUUUGAAGGAAAUAAAGUGUUUGCUCGGUACUCAUCAUUCUCCAUCGAUGGAGAAUGUGAGGGAUACAAACUCCAUGUAGCUGGAUUCACAGAUGGAGGAGCGGGAGAUGCCCUGAGUGGUCACACGGGGUUCAAGUUCUCCACCUUCGACAAAGACCAGGACACUGCAGCGUCCAACUGUGCCAAGUCACACCUAGGAGCUUUCUGGUACAGUCAGUGCCAUUCUGCAAACCCCAAUGGGGUUUAUCGCUGGGGGCCUGACGGCACUCUCUUUGCUAUUGGAGUUUCUUGGUACUCGUGGAAGGGCCAUGACUACUCCCUGAAGAGCAUCAGCAUGAAGAUGCGUCCUGUGCAGUGAAUCUACAGGACCAAC